AUGCCACCCCAGCGUGCCAUCUGGCGUGCCUUUCGUGCAUUUGCCUCCUCAAAUUCACCUUCUUUUGCCCCUAGGUAUUACUCCUCUGCUCCCCCGCCCGCAACCGAGGAAUCCAAGAAUGCGAUCUCCCCUCGCUGGCUCUCAGACACCAAAUCCCGCAUUGGACGAUGUAUCACCUUCGGUCUCUCUCCAAAGCUAGUCGAAGAAGCUGGUCAAGUCCUGCAGAUCAUUGCCCGAGAGUGGCGAGAGCUCAUUGCAGGCAGUGAGGGAUACCUGACGUCGGAGAAAAGAGCAGGCCUACACAGGCAGAACAUCGUCUGGGGCGAGCAGGACUCCAUGGGCCACGUGAACAAUGUGAUGUAUGUUCGAUAUGCGGAGAGUGGACGGUGCAAUUGGAUCCGCAAUUACAGCGGACACAUUGAUCCGGUGCACAAGAGACAAUGGGAAGAACUAUUGACAUCUAGAGGCAUUGGAUUAAUUCUGAAGAGUAUUACCGUCGAUUUCAAAUUUCCCAUGACGUGGCCAGAUCGGAUCUCUGUUUACCACAAGCUUCGGUCACGUCCGGACGAGUCUACGGAGUCAUUGAUCCUGGAUGUGUUGAUCAUGUCCGAGGUACGCCAGCGGCCGGCGGCGAGGUGCCUGGAAGACGUCGUUGUGUACGACUACAGAGUCGGAAAGAAAAGUACCCUGGAACCGUUUAUGCUAGAGCAGUUGAAGAAGACGUUUGAUUUACAAGAGGCCGCGAAGAGGGAGAACCAUGCUAAGAUCGAAUGGAUCGAGGAACGUGUGAGGAACCUGGAAACCGGGUCCUGGGAUAGACCUGAUGCCAGGGAAGAUUUCGGCACUGCGGGAAGACCAUAA